CAACAGACAACUGACAGAAAGAGGAUCAUUUCUCACAGGAUAUCUUCACCCACUGCUCAACCAACAUGUCUCAACCAGGUCAGGAAGAGGAGGAACUGCAGCGCCCUGAAGUGAGAGAAGAGGAGCUGGCUGACGCAAAGAAUAAGCUGGGUACAAGUGGGCAAGCAAAGAGCAAGACUUUAGAAGUUAUGGAGGAGUGUGAGAAAGUGGGUAAAGUUGCUCCUUCUGUGUUCAGCGGGGCGAGGUCUGGAGGAGAGACCGUUUUCAAUGCCCGCUCGGCUAAACCAAUCAGGAAGUAGCAGGAGACCUGACCAUGAUGGGACAACACCUGUUCCACGUUAGUGAUAGAUUGUUUUCUUGCUGUACUUCUUGCUGAAUUGCACUCAAAACUGUUUAAUUCUGACAUGUUUGAACUUUUAUGAAGCUGAUAGUUACCUUUUUAAAAAAAUCUAAGAAUUUCUAUGAAAUGGUAAGUCAGUUUUUCAUUGUAAAAUUAAGGUGUUUUUUUGUUGCUGUUAUUGAUUAUCCUGUCUAACCAGUAUUCACCCAGUUUCAUGGUGUGAAGUAAUAAAGGACUAUAAAGCACCAUAUGCAAUACAAUAAUUGAUGCGUUUGAACAUACUGAAGAACUUUUGAAACAUCAUUGUGCUUUAUUUGCGUGUCUUUGUCCAAAACAAACAAAACAAUUUGGUCUUUUCAUUUGUGCCUGGAUUGUAGGAGUUUGUCAAAAUCAUCCAUCAUGUAAAAAUCUGUAAAAAAGCAACAUAAGA